AUGGCCAUCCUGCAGCGGGUCGAGAAAUGGUGGAAGCACGCUAUUGUUUACCAGAUUUACCCGGCAUCUUUCUGUGAUGCGAAUGGCGAUGGCAUCGACGCACCUGACGAAUCGAGUGUGUUAUCAUAUGUCAGCGCACGGGCUAAGCAAGUUGAUGCGGUCUUCCAUCUUGACGCCGUCGAAGUUGGUUGGGGAACGACUCAUAAGUUUGAAACAACCGUCAAAAACUACACACUUCCAAAGUUCAAAGAGGCCAUUGGUCGCGCCCAACAGCUGUUGCACGGAACUGAUGCUUGGACCACGGUCUUUUUGGAGAACCAUGAUCUGGCCCGUUCGGUAUCGUGGCUUACCAAUGACGAGCCAGAAUACCGUGUCUACGGAUCCAAGAUGUUGGCAUUGCUGCAGUCCUGCCUGAGCGGUACACAGUACAUCUAUCAAGGGCAGGAAAUCGGGGCCAUCAACGCACCAAAGCAUACAUACCCGUUUGAAAAUUACGAAGACAUAUCCAGCCGGCUCUUCAUGAAAAUGAUUCAAGAUCGCUACGGGCCCAACAACAAGGAAGAAAUUGACAAAGCCUUCACAGCGCUCCAGCAUUUGGCCCGAGACCACGCGCGAAUCCCCAUGGCGUGGAACGGCCACGCUCGCUACGGGGGGUUCUCUGAGGAGGCCGAAAAAGCUGGCUUCGACAUUAGAGAACCCUGGAUGAAGCCCCAUCCGCUGGCGAGUGACAUAAAUGUGGCGAUACAGCUGGAAGAUUCAGACAGCGUUCUGAGCUUCUGGCGCCAAAUGCUGCAACUGCGCAAACAACACAAGGACCUCUUGGUAUAUGGAGACUAUCAAUGUCUUGAUGUAGAUGAUCCGGACAUCUAUACCUUUGUAAAAGAGACGCAGGACAAAAGCAGUCAGGCACUCAUUGUCUUGAAUUUUACUACCCAGGAAAAGCCUUGGAUGGCUCCGAAUGUUAGGGACUGGGAAUGCGGGGGCGGUGUUGGAGGAUUCGUUCCUAUCAUGACAACAUAUGGUGGGGAAAGCUGUGCAGACAAAUUAGCGCCAUUCGAGGGCAGAUUAUAUCUAAGCAUACCCAAAUGAUGUUGAUAGGCAAGAGGGGUACUUUAAUGGUACCCUGUGAAUUAAGGUACUUACCUUGUUAAAAGACUGCG